AUGGAUGCUCCUUCUGUUCACUAUUCCUUCAGAAUGGAAGAGCUUCAAAUUAUAAAUAACAAGGACAAGCGGGGGAUAGCGAAAUCACGCAAUGGUGGUGGCUCGUGGCUAUUUCCGGUGGUGGAAUUCGCGAUUUGGGCGACAGGUGUAGCGGUGGUGGAGCGAACUCGACGGAGUUAUGGCGACCAUUGCGGGUCGAAGAAGGAGGCGUUGCGUUGGCACUGUCUACACUUGCGACGACUCCAGGCGCUACCGACAGUGAACUUGAGAGUUGCUCCAUCUCCCUGGCAGAAAAUUUCACGGUUUCUCCGACAUUCGCCGGGAAAUUCAGGGACUUGUGAUGAUGAACACAACUACCCCAAUCCUAAAGGAAGCUUUGGGAAUUACAAACAUGUAAAACAAAGUUAUAAGAUCCAACCAAAUCCAUUCCACUUUGUUGUGAAGAUUCAUCUCACAAUAAGGAGCACUGGAUCAAAACAGCUGCCGAUUACUUGGUGUUGGAGAUCUGAAGAGAGAAAGGGAAAAAUAAUUGAAGAUCCAGUAACAGCAAUAUAUGAUAUGAUAUUGAAAAGAGUACGUUUGGGAGAAGAAUUAAAAAAGAGAGAAACCAGAGAACACUCCCUCCAAAAAAAAGUGCUUCAUCUGGAAGUAAGAACUUGGAUUCGAAGAUUCAUCACAAUAACCUUCUCAAUAACAUACUUGCAAAGUUAUGCAGACUUUAAUUUUGAUACCGAGGAUGGAGACAAGGUAUUACCAGGUUUCCUUGAUUCAAUAAUUGGAAUUCAUUGAGGUGAAUCAAAGUCUUUUCCUCUUGUAUUUCCUGAAACUUGGAAGCAAGAAAAUCUUCGAGGUGUUCAUGCUCAGUUUAAUGUUGAAUGCGAAGAACUUUUUUACAAAGAUUUGCCAAAACUGGAUGAUUCUGAUAAGCUUCUCCUGGAUUAAGGCCGAUCAAUUUUUUGUAAUAAUAAAUAUUGGUUCUACAGUUAAUAUAUUAUAUAUACUUCAAAUUUGGUUAUAUUCGAAGCCUCAUGGAAAACCUGUGUUUGGGUUAUAAUUUCGAUAUUUUAGCCUUU